AUGUCUGGAUUACGUCGCUCAGCUAGAGUUCAAGCCAAGGGAGAGCAACCCGCUACUGCCGCUACUACUGCACCACCACCAGCCAAGAAGGCUAAAACCGAAAAGCAACCACCAAAAAAAGAAUUGGAUGCUGAUGUUGAGGAAAUUGAAAUUGGCGACGAGAUCCCCCGCAUCACUUUGCUCAACCAAGAUGAGAAAGAGAUCAAUUUACCUGAAAUCGCAAAGGAACACAAGUUCGUGGUGAUUUUUGCUUAUCCAAAGGCAUCAACGCCGGGUUGCACCAGACAAGUGUGUGGGUUCCAAAAGAACUUCAACUUCUUGCGUGAUCGAAAUGUGGCUGUGUUUGGGCUCUCUGCUGAUACUCCAGCUCACCAAAAGAGCUUCCAAACGAAACAAAAUGCAGAAUAUGAUCUAUUGAGUGAUCCCAAGAGGGAAUUGAUUGGCACUUUGGGAGCCAAGAAACAGCCUACAGGGAUCAAGAGAUCGCACUGGAUCUUUGUUGAUGGGGUGUUGAAGGUGAAGAGAAUUCAAAUUUCUCCAGAGCAAAGUGUUGAUGGUGCAAAGGAAGAGAUUGAACAAUUCAUCGCUGCUGAGGCAAGAGGUUCAGGUGGCGAUGGCGAAGGCGAUGGAAAUGGCAGUGAAGUUAAGAAAGACUCAGCUACCAAUGGUGAUGAAACCAAGAAAGAGCCCAUUGAAGAUGGCGACAUCGAGAGUGUUCCCGCUGCAGCUAGCGAACAAACUGGUGUUGCCAAAACCGAAGGUGAGAAAUCAUCUGGGGAUGCUGUUUCGGAAGAAAAGAAGAAACAAGAGGAGAAAGAUAGUGCCUUGUUGUCUUCAGAGCAAGCACCAGAAGUUGCUACCGAAGCCACCACAACAACAGUCUGA